AUGGGGUUGUCAAACUUGAAGAGAGUUUUUUCACUUGUUUCCCUAGUCUUGUUUGUUGUUAUGUCACAAUAUUCUUCACUUGAUGUCGCUUCUAAUUCCACUCAAGAAGCAUUGGCUCUUCUCAAAUGGAAAGCCAUGCUUCAAAACCAAAGCCAUUCUCGUCUGUCAUCAUGGACUCUUUCUUCUGUGAAUGCUAUAAAUACUUCUACCCACCUCAAAACCAAAAUAAGCCCAUGUACUUGGUUUGGAAUCUCUUGCAACCAUGCCGGAAGUAUCACUAGUAUUAACCUGACCAGUGCAAAUUUAAAAGGUACUCUUCAUGAACUGUCUUUUUCAAUAUUUCCCAAUCUUGCAUACAUUGAUCUAAGUCGGAAUGAACUCUUUGGUUUUAUCCCUGCUCAAAUCGGUCACCUAACAAAUCUAAACACCCUUUACCUUUCUGUCAAUAAGUUGUCUGGCUCUAUUCCUAAGGAAAUAGGCAACUUGAAGUCCCUUUUGGAUCUAGACUUGAGCGAAAAUCAACUGAGUGGUUAUAUUCCUCCCUCUAUUGGAAAUUUGAGCAACUUAAGUGUUCUAUACCUCUAUACCAACAACCUUUCUGGCACCAUUCCUAUGGAGAUAGGCCACUUGAAGUCCCUUUCGGAUCUAGAAUUGAGCCACAAUCAACUGAAUGGCUCUAUUCCUCCCUCCAUUGGAAAUUUGAGCAACUUAAAUGUUCUAUACCUCUAUGCCAACAACCUUUUUGGCACCAUUCCUAUGGAGAUCGGCAACUUGAAGUCCCUUUCGGCUCUAAAAUUGAGCCACAAUCAAUUGAAUGGCUCUAUUCCUCAUUCCAUUGGAAAUUUGAGCAACAUUAAAUAUUUGUAUCUUUCUUAUAACAAUCUUUUUGGUUCAAUCCCUCAUGAGAUUGGAAAUCUCUUGAAGUUGAUUACGUUAGUGUUGUCUCAAAAUUACUUCACUGGUUCUCUUCCUAGUAAUAUUUGUCGAAGUGGAUCACUUAGGCACUUUGGCAUUGGUGAGAACCAUUUGCUUGGCCGUAUCCCCAAAUAUUUGAGAAAUUGCACAAGCUUAAUUAGAGUUCGCCUUCAAAAAAACCACUUCAUUGGAAAUAUUUCUGAAGAUUUUGGCAUCUAUCCAAAUCUAAAUUUCAUAGAUCUUAGUCAUAACAAAUUUUAUGGUGAAAUCUCAUCUACUUGGGGAAAGUGCUCACAGUUAGGCACUUUAAAUAUUUCGGGGAAUAAUAUUACUGGGAGCAUCUUGCCUGAGAUUCAAAACUCAACCGAACUACAUGAGCUUGACCUUUCUUCAAAUCAUUUAGUUGGAGAGAUUCCAAUGGAAUUUGGAAAGCUGACUUCUCUUAACAAGCUUAUUUUAACUGGGAAUCAACUUUUUGGUGGUAUACCUCAUGAAGUUGGUUUACUUACAGAACUUGAGUACCUUGACUUGUCAAUAAAUAGAUUAAGCAAGUCAAUCCCAGGAGAUUUAGGGUACUUGUCAAAAUUGCACUACUUAAAUUUGAGAAACAAUCAGUUUAACCUCGAAAUUCCAUUCCAAUUGGGGAAGCUGUUUCAACUGUCGGAACUAGAUUUGAGUCAUAACUUACUCAAAGGAGAGAUACCAUCUCAGUUAUGUAACCUGGAGAGUUUGGUAUAUCUGAAUCUUUCCUACAAUAAGCUUUCUGGCCUAAUUCCAACUUGUUUUGAAGAUAUGCAUGGUUUGUCAAGUAUUGAUAUAUCCUACAAUGAGUUAGAAGGUCCAAUUCCCAACAACACAGCAUUUCGAGAUGCUCCCAUUGAAGCAUUACAAGGGAAUAAAGGAUUGUGUGGUAAUGUAAGUGGAUUGACACCUUGCAAGGCUCUCAUAUCACACAAACAUGUCACAAGAAAGAGGUUGAUAAUCUCCUUUCUUGUUUCAGGAGCACUUGGUCUUUUAAUUGUGGUGACUUUAAUGUUCUUUUGUUUUCGAAGAAAAAAGCAAGAGUUACCGAAACAACGUAGAAGUGUGAACAAGGAUGAAAUUCUUUCGAUAUUAAAUUUUGAUGGAAAAAUAAUGUAUGAAGAAAUCAUGAGUGCAACAGAGAAUUUUGAUGCCAAGUAUUGCAUUGGGAGGGGUGGAUUUGGAAGUGUUUAUAAAGCACAGCUUCUACCAGGGGCUAUUUUGGCAGUAAAGAAAUCUCACUCCCUUCAACCUGAUGAGAUAGAAGACCAAAAAGAGUUUUUAAAUGAAAUAAGGGCAUUAACAGAGGUACGACAUCGAAACAUUGUGAAAUUUUUCGGUUUUUGUAUACAUUCUCAACACUCUUUUUUAGUUUAUGAGUAUCUUGAAAGAGGUAGCUUGGCCACAUUCUUGAGUAAUGAAGCUACAGCAAGAGGAUUGGAUUGGGGUAAGAGAGUAAAUAUUUUGAAAGGUGUGUGUAAUGCCUUGUCCUACAUACACCAUGAUUGCUUCCCACCAAUAGUCCAUCGGGACAUAUCGAGCAAAAAUGUGUUGUUGGAUUCAGAAUAUGAAGCUCAUGUUUCUGACUUUGGAAUUGCCAAAUUUCUCAAGCCAAACUCAUCUAAUUCGACACAACUUGCAGGCACAUACGGAUAUAUUGCCCCAGAACUUGCUUACACAAUGAAGGUAACUGAAAAAUGUGAUGUAUAUAGUUUUGGAGUGUUAGCAUUGGAAGUAAUCAAUGGAAAGCAUCCAGGGGAUAUCAUUCAUACUCUAUCCUCUCCUUUCACUUGGGAGGACUUGUUGCUAAGCAAUGUUUUGGACGAACGCCUUCCACUUCCUCCACCUACUAUUCAAGAUCAACUGAUAGCAAUAAUAAAGCUAGCAAUUGAUUGCUUGGAUUCCAAUCCAAAAUCUAGGCCAACCAUGAACAUGGUUUCUCAUAUGUUUUCUGCCAUAACAAAGCUUCCCUAGAUGCCUUUAGACAAUCAAACCAAGGCAAUUGAUUGUGAGUAGAAAGUCUUCAAGCUUGCAAAAGAAUAAAAUAAUUUGUGUCGUUUCUCUUUUGGUUAAUUGUAUGCAUUUAGUUUCUUAGGCAUUUUUUUUUUUUUUUUUUUUGGGUUUUAA